AUGUUUCCACGAAUUUUGAGAUUUCUAUCAUUAAUUCGCGAAAACCAUGAAUUUCUAGUUGAAUUUACGAAUGACUGCCUAAGAGCAAUGUGUGAAGCGGAUUCUGGAUGCGUUCCGAAGGGAUGUUCCAGAGACACUCAUGGACGCCUCGGUUGUGGAUAUUUCAGAAUAAAUAUAUAUCAAUUUAAACAAUGCUAUCAACCUGGCAAGAAAAUCGACCAAGAUGAAGAAGAAGCUUGGAUUACUUGUGCUGAAGACUAUUAUUGCUCACAAGAUUGCAUAAAGAGGAUAAGUAAUCGAUUCAAGUUAAAAUGUUAUGGCAAAAGCGAUUGUGAGGCAUUGGCAAGAAUUCACGAUGGAGGUGCAAACGGAUGUCGAUCAGGUGAUACUUUGCAAUAUUGGAAUCUUGUAAAACAAAAAUGUCCGCAUUGUUAA